AUGGCUCAGAGGGACCAUUGCAGAGAGCUGCUUGUCUUUUGGUGCUUUGGAGUUUACAAGAUCACAGCUAUGAUUGCUAACCAUGGGGAAGUGUUUAUGUCUUUGGUGGUGUCAACCUUUAUUGCGUCUCGGGUGGUUGGUUACCAAGCAACAGGCGAUUUCUCUGGAGAAUGUCAGCCAAUGAACGUCUUUUAUGAGUGGAUUGUAUCAGCAACUAGCAACAGCAUCCAUAUCGUUGGUUCCACAUCAAGCUUUAUCCCAUCAUCUGGUUUUUCGUUACAUAUCGGCAAUUCGGUGGGCGUCCUGAAAUGGAGUUCUCUUAUCGAUUGA